GCGGGAGCCAUGGCGACCGGCGUGGUCCGGGCGCUGCUGGUGGCCGUGCUGGCCCAGCUGGUCCGCUGCUCGGAGGACCUGCUGCUCUUGCCAGAGCACGUCAAGGAGCUGACCUGCGGAAAGCUCUAUUACCGGACGUUCCAUCUGGACGAGCGGCGAGACGCGCUCUACGUCGGUGCCAUGGACCGAGUCAUGCGUAUUAACCUGAGUGACAUCAGCCAAACGGAUUAACUCUCUGCUGCUCGAAUCCACCAAUAGCAAAGAAUGCACCUCCAAGGGGAAGAAUCAGCACUACGACUGCCGCAACCACGUGCGUGUCAUCCAGCCAAUGGCCGACGGCGGCCGGCUGUACGUCUGCGGCACCAACGCCCACAGCCCCAAGGACCUGGUCAUCUACGCGAACCUGACCAAGCUGCCGCGCACCGAGUUUGUGCCCGGUAUCGGCAACGGCAUCGCCAAGUGUCCGUUCGACCCGGACGACAACUCGACGGCCGUCUGGGUGGAGCACGGCAACCCGGGCGGCCUGGCCGGCCUCUACUCGGGCACCGUGGCCGAGUUCACCAAGGCCGACAACGUCAUCUUCCGCACCGAUCUCUACGACUUGGCCACCAAGCGGCGCGAGUUCAUGUUCAAGCGCACCAUCAAGUACGACAGCAAGUGGCUCGACAAGCCCAACUUCGUGGCCUCGUAUGACAUCGGCGAGUACGUGUACUUCUUCUUCCGGGAAACAGCACUGGAAUAUAUUAAUUGCGGAAAAGCAAUCUAUUCUAGAGUGGCUCGCGUGUGCAAGAAAGACACCGGAGGCAAGAACAUCCUGUUUCAGAACUGGGCCACUUACGUCAAGGCUCGACUGAAUUGCUCGAUACCUGGGGAGUUCCCGUUCUACUUCAACGAAAUUCAGUCGGUGUACAAGGUGCCCGGAGACGACACCAAGUUCUACGCCGUCUUCACCACGUCCAUGACCGGCCUGAUGGGCUCGGCCGUCUGCUCCUUUACUCUCCGGGACAUCCAGGCGGCGUUCGACGGCAAGUUCAAGGAGCAGAAGACGUCGAGCUCGGCCUGGCUGCCGGUCAGCGACUCGGCCGUGCCCGAGCCGCGGCCCGGACACUGCGUCAACGACACCCAGGCUCUGCCAGACACGGUGCUGACGUUCAUCCAGUCUCACCCGCUGCUGGACCAGGCAGUGGCUCACCACAACCACCGACCCGUGUUCUACAAGCGGGACCUCAUCUUCACUCAUGUGGUAGUCGACAAAGUGAUCUCAGGCUCCUUCGGCAAUGACCGGGAAUACACCGUCUACUACGCCGGGUCCAACGACGGGAAGGUGUACAAGAUCGUCGAGUGGUCGGACGCGCAGGGCGGCUCGCACUCGCAGCUGCUGGACAUCUUCGAGGUCACACGACCGGAGCCCAUCCGGCAGAUGGCGCUCUCCCGACGGUACAAGUCGCUGUACGUCUCCUCGGACGUGGAGCUUCGCCAGGUCCACCUGGAGAUGUGCAACGGCCGCUUCGACAACUGCCUGCGCUGCGUGCACGAUCCGUACUGCGGCUGGGAUAAAGACGCGCGCGCCUGCAAGCCUUACGUGCCCGGGCUGCUGCAGGACGUGGCCAGCUCGGAGCCGGGCCUCUGCGACAGCUCGGUGCUGCGCAGGGAGCUGAAGGCCACGUGGGGCCAGGCGCUCCACCUAGGCUGCGACGUCAAGCUGCCGCAGGAGAUGGGCCGACGCCAGGUCAGCUGGUACCUCCGCAAGAAGGAGCGCAGACGCCACAGGCUGGAGGCGGACCCGGCCAAGUACGUGCCGACCCAGAAGAACGGUCUGGUGGUGCUGGACGCGGCCGAGCCGGACGCCGGCCAGUACGAGGCCCGGCUCGGCUCGGACCUGCUUUGCGCCUACAGCGUCACCGUAGACGUGCACCGCUGCGUGGCGCCCGACCAGUCCAAGGACUACCAGAAGGUGUAUUCAGAUUGGUGUACCCAGUUUGAGAAGUACAAAAACGCGAUGAAGAGCUGGGAGAAAAAGCAAGCGCAAUGUCGCAACCAAAACCGGAGUGUGAACCAAAACUCUCAUCCGAACGAGAUCUACCAGCGGCCAGCUCCGCUCAUAUGAUCCCAGUGCCUCUGUGUGACGUCACUAGUGUGUGUGCGAACCAAUCAAAACGAAGACGUCCCGCGGCGGCUGUCGCGCCCGCGGUAAUUGUGCUGCCGCUCCCCCGCGAGAGAAACUGCCGCGUUGAAGCGCGUUGGCGGGCAGAGCUGUCGUUCCCGGACUCCUUGGAGAGCGCAGGGAUCGUUCCCAGACACCGCCGUGAGUGCUGUGGUCGUUUGGACCACGUCGUGGGCGAUAAAUCGUCCUGAAAUUAGUGUAGGCACCGCUGGCUCCGAAUACUCCGCACCUGGCGCCCCUGCUGUGAUCAGUGCUACUUCAAGUGCGGAUGGCGUGCGAAAGAUGGCGGUACGUGAGAGGAAUGAGUGCUUGCGGCUGCGGGAUGUACGUCUGCUGAAGUCGCCGCGUGCGGCACGUGCAUAACGGAGGAGGUUGGGGGGAGGGGGGAGGUGCAAGUGUGUGAUAUGUGCGACUCCCAGCGAGAGGUUGGGAAAAUCGUCGCUCUGUGCCCUGGCCGCCAUUGGCAUGCGCAUCGCGCGAGCCCGCCCGGCCGUUCUGCAUUGUGAUGUCUCCGCAUGGGUGCGAGAACGAGAGCGUACGCAGAGUUGUCUUGGUUUAUGCGUCCCCUUGAUCGGCGGUGUCUUCCAUAUUGAUGGACCCAGUUACUGCUCGCCUGUGAGACGUCUUUUGUAUCUGAUCAGCGGUUCGAGAGCAGCUAGUGUUGGUUGACACUUGUUUUAUUGGGGACUAAGAUGACCCGUGCCUAGACUCGAAGUCCUGCAGUUCGGUUACCUCUGAUCCCAUUGCUGAGUGUUGAAUGCUAUGACGAUAUUUUUCGUCGUCUGUGUGUCUCAAGUUUAUUAUGUAUAAGUGUUUAGGCAUGGGAUGCUGUUAUACGUAGAGACGACUUCAUAAUAAUAAAUCUCAUCCACCUUUGUACAAAAU